ACAGAGAUUGCUCUCCACAUAUCAUCCAUCUCUCAUUGCAAUCUCUCCGCAAUGACUGGCUCGUGUCCAUGGAUUCACAUGGUCUGAUCACCGACAACGUCCAAGCAGUGUACUGCAACGCAGCCAUCUGAUCGAGAGGGGCAAGGCUCCGUCCGUCCCAAGAGAGCUGGAUCACUGGAAGCCUCUCCAUGACCGAUUAUAACCCUGAUUGCAUACUUUGGGCGACCGCUCAUGUAGACGAUUACGGUCACUGCGAAUAUGAUCACAGCUACAUCAUCUUUAAUCGCCACGACAACAACAAGGAAGUAUGGCGCUAUGCCCGCGACUUCCGGGACUCUGAGAUGCCAGAGGACUUCAAAUCUGACGAAUCCAUGAUUAAAGCGCCUGCGUGCAUCAGCUUCAUCCCUCCGCUGGGCGUCGUCUUCCUCUGCAUUCUGAAGCUGAUGACAAGCAUCCAUGCUCACUCAUAGACACAUCGUAAACGAAACGUCGUCAUAUCAUCCCAAUACUUGUCAUCUUUUAAAAGAAGUUCUAAAUUGAUUUUCACCGACUGGCUGCAUAGAUUGGUAGGCUCCGUGCAUGCAUAGGUUGACAGCUAGUUCCAGGAGCACUGAUGCUAACAUAACAUUGCCUGGCAGAUGUGAUUCUAUCCUCCGGAACGCCAAAUAAAUACCGGGACGAAGUUCUUAUAUCCUUCAAAUCACCUACACUUGAAUACCACAACGGAACUCAAAAUCAAAUAUAUGUAUACAGUAGUACUCCCCGCCCAGUACCCGGGGUUGAUCACACGGAUGGUUUCCGGUGCUACACAUCUCCGCCAGUCGACGUUUCUCCACCAGGCCGGAAAGCAAGGGACGCCACAUAUGUUCCCCCGUCGGACCUGGCCACGAGCUUAGCGUUAUAUUCACGAACGCCGAGGAUCAGACGUGGUCCUAGCA